AAAACCUUGUCCUUUUAUUCUGGUUCCUGUGUCUUCAUUCUGAACACCAUUUGUCUCUUCUUUUUCUCUCUCCUCUGUGACUCAUCAAUGGCUGCCUCAGAGGAGGGAAUUCACAGUGGCCAUGAAUGAAUCUCUUCUCUGUGUGUGUGUGUGUGUUUUUUUAUCUCAUUGAGUUUCUUUUUUCACCCACUAGCAUUUGUCUGAUGUUGUUUUCCUUACCUCGGCAUUGUUAAAGUCUGAGUUUUUGGUUUUCUGCAUAUUCAGUUUCAAUGAGUAACUCACUACACUUGAGGAAUGGUGGUAGUUUACCUUCUGUUCCUGUUCUUGCUCUCCAGUGUUCAAGCACUUUGGGGUUCAUGGGUCAUGUUGGAGGCACAGAAAGUGAAAGUUCUGGCAUGCCCUUUAAGAAUUUGAACUCCUCAGUGAUUCAACACCAGGAGAAAGAAGAAGAAUCUUCUGGGGUUGAAGCCAUGAGUUUGUCUCUGAAACCUGGUGAAGAACUUGAAGCUAAUAGUUAUUCUGAUACAGGGAAACUCAGACACGCUAAGCUUUGUGCAAGAGGGCAUUGGAGGCCAGUUGAAGAUGUCAAACUUAAAGAGCUUGUUGCACAAUUGGGACCUCAAAAUUGGAACUCCAUAGCAGAACAUCUUCCAGGAAGAUCAGGUAAAAGUUGCAGACUGAGGUGGUUUAAUCAGCUAGAUCCUAGAAUUAACAGAAAGGGUUUCAGUGAGGAAGAAGAGGAGAGACUCUUGAAUGCUCACAAAGUGUAUGGUAACAAAUGGGCCAUGAUUUCUAGACUCUUCCCUGGUAGGACUGAUAAUGCAGUGAAGAAUCAUUGGCAUGUGAUCAUGGCUAGGAGGCAAAGGGAAAAAUCAUGUGUCUACAGAAGGAGAAAACCCACAAUUCAGAUCCUUCCACCAAAGAAUUUGGAUUUGAUCUUGUCAAUGAAUGGAGGGAGUGAAUCAACCAUUUCAAGCACCAUCAUUGAUGAAUCUGCCUCAAUAGGAACCAACCUCUCCUUCACUCCCUCUUCAGCAACACCAACUCCUCUGCCAUUUCUAAACCAUUGUCCUGUUCAGAAUCUCCAACCCUUUGGUGGUGCUCUAUUGGGUUUAUCUGGAGAUAGCAGAGAACCAGUUAGGGAAGUGAAUUUUGGCAUGUAUUUUGGUGGUUGGAGGAGUUCAUUUGAGGCAGGGCACAUGAGAAGACUAAUGGGUGUGGAUCAAUCUCAUUAUUCAGAGUCAAAUUCAUCAGAAGUUUCAGUAUCUGAGUCAGUUGCCACCAACAACACUACCAAUCUUUCAAUUUCUGGGGAAAAUGAAAACAUCAUGGGUAACAACAAGGUCAAUAACAUGGCAUUCAUUGACUUUCUUGGAGUAGGAGCUGCAUAGAGAAAAUAUUCUCAGAGACUGAAGAAUAAUCUUCACUCAUAAAACCAAAGAGAUGAAGUGAAAAAUGAAGAUUAUGAAAUAGUGGGUAGUGUGGGAAGAGGGGAAGAAGAUUGUGAUGAUGCAGAGAAUGCAUAGAAAUGAAUCUGUUAUAGGUUUUUCUUCUAUGUGUACAUUUUGUUCAAUAAAUGAUUAGAAUGUGAAAUGAGCAUAAGGAAAAAUUAGAAAAAUCAAAAACAAUUUUUUUUUGAGUAAAAUUAGGAAAUAAUAAAGAUAGUUUUGAGUUAU